AUGGAACAUUUGGCGGAGAAAAUUCAGGAAGAGCCCCUACUCAGUGCGAUUUAUGUCAUCGAUUCGUCACCUGCGACUACAUUUGAGUCGAAAUUUUACCGCGGAUCUUUUCUUGAUAUCACUCGUUGCUGUCAACAGAUGAAAAAUGAUCUUGAAGUUAUAAGCUAUGACCUAACCGAUAUGAAUUCCAUUGUUUCGAACUUUACCGGAAUGAGCACAGUUAGUUUAGUUCAAGCAUUGAAAGAUAUUCUGUUAGAUCCCGACGAGAGAACGAAUUUAAAGAUGGAAAUGCUCGAGUUCUGUCGUCAAGAGUAUGCCGAGAAUGUUGUUCAGUUGAAGUUUAUCGAUGAAUUCGAAAAGAAUUUUCAGCCACACGACGCUGUUCAAUGGUACUUACGUUCGGAUGUAUUUUUACAUAAAAUGCUGACACGAGCAUGGCGUGUGCUAGAUCCGGAUAUUUUAUUCAAGCUUCGGUAUUUCCUUCAACAUCUUCAUCAACAGAUUAAGUCAACGGUGGACACGAAUCCAUUGACUCUCUAUCGAACACUUCGAAUUCAGGAAAAUAAUUCGAUAAAAUUGAAGACCAAUCAAGGUGGACUAUGCUCGUUCAAUGAGUUUGUUUUAUUGGACAAAACACCAUCAACCAGUCAACCUUCUCCGAUGAAUAAAAAUUCCACUAUCGUCCAUUUCGAGAUUCUUCUUGGAAAAGGAGUUUCGUUUUCCAACAAAUCCAACGAAAUUCUUCUUACCAUGGGCACAAUGUUUCGCAUUGAUAAAGUUGAGUCAAUCGACGAACAAACUUUUAACGUCAAACUAACCAGCAAUGAUGAUAUUCUCAAAGCCGGUCUACUCAUGACGAAAGAUUUGCGUCAAGCUGUGCGCGGACAAUUUCCCUCAGUUCGUAUGUUGAAGUUGAUGAAACAAAAAGAUUUAGUUGGUUACAUGGAAUAUUUCUAUGCGAUAAUCAUUGAAGAUUCACAAGCUAUGCAAGAUGAAGCAACAUUAUUAACACUGGGAAGUAUACUUCAUGCUCUCGGGUCCUAUUAUUACGAGAGAAGACUAUAUGAUGAAGCCAUGAAAAACUUGAAGAAUUCGUUAGAAAUUUACUUACGUGUUUUACCGAAAGAUCACAUUACACUGACACCGACGUAUAACAAUAUUGGAAGCAUCUAUCACAAGAAAGGUGAGGAUGAGAAAGCAUUAGAAUAUCAUCAAAGGGCGUAUGAAAUUCAAAAGAAUUCUCCGAAUCCGGAUAUGGACUCUGUCGGUACAUACGCGGGAAAUAUUUCGUCGAUUCUGAUCAAAUUACACCGACAUCUGGAGGCGAUACCUUAUCUCGAGAUCGAAUUAAAGAUUAAGAAAAAACUUCAUUCGAAUCCAAAUAGUCCGGACAUUGCUGUCAAGUAUCAUAACCUAGCUGGCGCUCAAUAUCGUGCCGAACAAUAUGCCGACGCUUUGAAAAACUAUCAGAAUUGUCUGGAAAUUGAAUUGAAGUGUCAUUCGCCGGAGAAUCCAACAGUUGCAGUGACGUAUCAUAACAUGGCAACGGCAUUAGAAGAACUCGGCCGAUUGCAGGAAGCGAAAGAAGCAGUAGAGGAAGCGAUACGUCGUCUACUACUAACAAAGAAAGAAGAUGAUGAAGAUUUACAAAUGCAACGGACAUAUCUCGAACGUUUAAAACAAAAGAUUUGGAUGAAAAGCCUAUUUUCUUCAAAUUAA